CUACUUUUCCCCUUGCUUAUAACAAGAGCGUCUCCCCCACUUUAUUUCAUCCUCUCACUCGCUCGCUCAUCCGUUCACUUUUAUUUUUCUUUGUUCACGCAUUCAUUCAGUAUUUCUAUAUCUCUUUAUUCACCUGGAUUUAAUAUUAAAACAACAAAAUAGCAUUAAAAAUUACUCUUGGUUUAAAUAUUUCAUUCCUUUCAACCCUUCAAUUUUUACAUAAAUAUUAUCAUUUAUACGCUAAUAUCAGUUCAACUCAACCACCCCGCUCGUAUAUCUCGCAAAAACAACAACGGUACAUAAAAUGCUCGUAAAAACUUGCAUUUUGGCCAGUAUUGCGGCUACAGCCUCUGUUGUUGCCGCCGCCAGCUCAGGCUCUCCCGCGACCUCGGCCACUCCCGCAGCCGCUCACGCAGACAAACCGGCCAAUGCAGCACAUCCCAAUUCCAAUACCAGCCCCAGCACCCAGAAAAAGCGCAACCCCUCAGCAGAAGCGCACGCAUCAGCAGCUGAUUCAGAAAACGCUCCCCGAAAAGAGACGCACACUGCGCUCUUCGGCCUAAACUCGAACGAUAUCGACAUUGAGGUCAAGAUGACGUGGUGCAAUGACAACACAAAUUUUUGCAACAACGUGUGUCUUAACAAGACAUGGGGCGCGCCCAUCAACGACGGCUGCGACGCAAGCAACCUCAAAUGGCACUGCACGUGCGGUAACGGUAAGAACCCGGAUCCCGACGUCUACACCUUCCCUGUCAUGCAUUAUAGAUGCCAGUAUGAGGUCUACCAGUGCCAGAACAAUUGCGCGACGGGAGAUAUCCGCUGCACUCAGGAGUGCCAGGGUGAUCGGAACUGCACGGCGCCCAAUGAUCCGAACGCCGGAAAGUCGGCGUCGCCCGAGUCCGACGAUCGCGAGGACGAUCGCCCCAUGGGUGGCUUGGACAAGCAGGAUGUCGGGAUAAGCGAUCCUAUCAAUUUCUUUAGCGCCGCAUCGUCAGUCAUCAGUGCCGGCGGGUACAUGGCUCUCACCGCCCUUGUCGCCUCGUCGCUGCACAUGUUUGGUCUUCCAUGAAUAAUUUUCCCAAUAACAUUUUUCGAUAAAUAUAAAGCUCCCACAUUUC